CCACUUGACAAUUUUCACUCUCUCUUUCUUACCAUAGGUCUUAACCCGUGGCCAGGCUUGGAUCCUAGAGACCUCUUUCAAGAUAUUCAACUUGUUGAAGCUUCCUCUCUACCUCUCUUUCUCUCUCCUUCCUAUAUACCUCCGAGACCCUGACUCCCGUCCUGUACAUCUCACCCCUGCCGAAAGAGUGAGCCACUUACACGCUUACCCGCACAACGCCAAUAUCCCACGUCCGAUAGUCGAAACGACACCCGCGCCGAGAAUAACGCGCCCACCUCCCCAACGACGUGCAAGAAAACCAAUUUCGAGACAUUACAAGAGGGAACACUGCAAAAGGAACAGACACGCCUUUCUAUAUCCCAAGACCGGCACUCUCAACUCUCCUAGUCUGGGCAUGCCGUCGUCGCCAUAAUGCUCGACUCGUCGCCCCAAUCAAAGACCCAGGAGCCCACGCUUCCUCUGGCCGGCACCAAACGUCCUGCCCCGAGCCUCCUUCCGGCAUUCGAACCUCUCUCUUCUUCCCCGGGCUUCCCUAGACCCUCUAAGCGACAAGCCCGUCCUGGUUCUGUGGGAGCAAGCAACGCGUACCUGAAAUACCCCACCCCGAUUCCGACCUCGAGCACCGGCAUCCUAUCCUCCUCUCCGCCCCGCGUACACUCAAGACCUGGUGGUCUCUCUCGGGCACUCUCUACCGCCUCCGAGCGCACUCCCCUCGGUGCUGUCAGCUCCAUCGAAUUGAACGAGAAUGGCGAAACUCUCCUCAUGGGCCGCUCUAGCAACUCGUCCCACUACCAGCUAUCCGCAAACCGCCUCGUCUCCCGCAUCCACGUCAAGGCCCGCUACGUGCCUGCUCCCUCCGCCCUGGAGCCCAACAAGAUUGAAAUCAUCUGCAAUGGUUGGAACGGGCUGAAACUCCACUGCCAGGGCCGCACGUGGGAGCUCCUCAAGGGCGACUCCUUCACGUCCGAAACAGAAGGGACCGAAAUCAUGAUUGACGUUCAGGACGCUCGCGUCAUGAUCCAAUGGCCGAAGCGGGACCGUCGCGACCGCCUCGCGAGCCCUGACGAGUCGGCAUGGGGUGACUCGCCCCCUCGUUCCGCUGCCCGCGUUGCCGCCGACCUCUUGCAGUCGAGCCCCCUGCGCCGGCCCUCGCGCAUCGAGUCCCCAGACUCACCGACGGCGCACCUGAGCAGCUCGCAGCGACUCCAGGCUCUGUUGCCGAGGGAAGAUGGGGAAGUUCAAAUCUACGAGGACUCGAGUGCAGACGAGCCUGAGCUUCCCAAGCUGGUUGACUCUGGCACCAUUAUUGGUCAGAGCUUCGCUACCGAAGCCACUAACUCUUUCUCGUCCGAACUCAGUGAACCAGAGGACGAGAACGAGAACGACCCUGACGAGGAGAAUGACCCAAUCGUUCACUCUUUUGGGCCAUUUGGCGCAGAUAUCUCUAACCGCCUGGCCUCCAUCACUACUGCUUCUCCCAAGUUCCCCCUUUUCAAGCGGACAGGUCUGCCCACGGUUCGCGACGAGUCAAGACCCUCUAGCCCCAUUUCCGCGCCGCCGAAGUCGCCAGAGGAGGUAGAGGAAGGCGAGGUGUUCGAAGACGAGGAGGAAGCCAAAGAACCGGAGCCCCCUUACGAGAACCCCGCCGUCCGCAACCAUGUCGUCAACCAGCUGGCCUUCUCGCGUUUGUCGUCCAACCCGCUUUCAACCAUCAUGAACAACCUGCCGUCAGAAGAGCGCAAGGGGUUGACCAAGGACCAGCUCCGGAGUCUGAUCGAAGCAACCGCAUGCAUUGGUAUUAUCCAACGCCAGGGCAAGGACGCUGCUGGCAAGCAGCUCGAGAGCGAAUACUACUACGUCCCCGAGUUCGACGAUGACGACCAGCGUCGCCUUGCCGUGACUGAUGGUCUGCGCAAGCCCAGCCUACGAGCGUGUCGCAAGCAGCACAAGCAAUACUACUGGAAGCGGCCCCGAACACCUUGAAGCUAGUUCCAGCUAUCGCUCUUCAUC